GCUUCGCCAUGCCCGACGACGAGGCACGCGUGGUGGGGGAUGUUGAGACGCUGGAGUCUGCUAACUCGUCCGAGGAAGUCUACCUGCUGACCAUCGGUAAGGGCGUCAGCGAUGGAGGUUCAACAGGGCCCGUCAUGGGCGACAAAGUGCGGGCGCAGUGGGGGGAGCUACUGCGCGCGAGACAGUUGUUGCAUGAGGUCGAGUUUAGCAGGAGCGAUCGGCGCUUCCGAUUCGGAGAUGGCAAGACGCUGGGGGCCAAGCCAGCGGUGACUUUGACGGUGUGGCCGUCUGGCAUCAAGAAGCAGCUUGCGAUCCAUCUCGUCGACGGCUGGGCGCCGCUGCUGAUCGCGCGACCCUGUGUGGAGGAGUGGGGCUUGAUCCAGGACUGCCGCGCUGGAGCGUUCAUGAUGAAGGAUCUUCCCAACGAGGGCUGGAUAACGUCCAGGCGUGACGAGAGGGGCCAUUUCAUCAUCGACCUGUUGGGCGGAACUGGGCGCGACGCCGGGGAUGCCGUGAACGUCGGCAGCGACGACGAGGCCUUUGCCGCGGAGGAGGUCAUAGGCCCGGAGCGGCACCGGAUGGAUGCGGACACCUACUCGGGAAUGGUCCGGGCGCUGGAGCAGGCGUCGUCCGACAUGAUGGACGCGCUGCGCGGGCCGCGCGAGAAGCUGGUCUGGGAGGUUCUCGUGGGCCAGGGGGCUUUGUCGCAGGAGCUGCUCGUCGAGUUCCCGCAGAUCGAGGCGAUCCAGUGCGGGGUCGAGGGGUGUUGGGGCUUCUUCGAGCCUGCCGUGAUCCGCGACCUCCUGAGCAAGGUGGACAACGACAAGCCCGACGGUAUCUUCAUCGCCCCCCCGUGCAAGCACCG